AUGGAAGAAAACGUCAACAAGAUGAUGAAAAGAUUUGGAGCCAUUCAAGGAACACAUCUUUCUGGAAAAAAGUGCAAGAAAGAGGUUGAAGAUUGGUUGAUUAAUGUCAGAAGAAGCAUACGAGAAUUCGAAAGCCUGGAACAAGAAGUACAAUGCAACAGGUUUUAUCUUGUUGAUUCACAACAAAUGCUGGCAGAGCGCGUUGAAAGAAUGAACAAGGAAAUGGCGGAGCUGGUUGAGCAAGGGGAUUUUUCUGGAGGGCUUUUUCUUGAGGAUAAUGAGAGUAUCGGCCCAGCAUUUCUACAAAAUUUCAAUGACAUUUGGGCAUCAUUCAUGGAUGAAAACAUCUUAAGCAUUGGCAUUUAUGGAAUUGGAGGAGUAGGCAAGACGACUCUAGCAAGGCGUGUCCGUGAUAACCUCUUAAAUGAAUCCAAAUACUCGCCUCAUGUUUUUUGGGCCACUAUCUCCCAAGAGUUCAGUAUUUACAAAUUGCAAAAUUAUAUUGCUCAAGCUUUGAAAAUAGGUAUCUCAAUAGAGAGUGACGAGAAGAAGAGGGCAGCUGAACUAUUCCGUGGAUUAAAGAAUAAGGAAAGAUUUGUACUUAUACUAGAUGAUGUCUCAAAACAGAUUGACACGGAGAAUAUAGGUAUUCCUCUCGGAAUGGAUGGAUGCAAGUUGAUUAUAACAAGUCGAUCACUAGAAGUUUGUCAACAAAUGGGCUGCCAGAAGAUUAUAAAAGUGAACACACUUACUGAGAAAGAAGCUUGGGAACUAUUUUCAAAUAAACUUGACUGUGUUGAACUUUCGCCAGAAGCAGAAGAUAUUUGUAAGAAAAUGGCCAAAAGAUGCAGUGGUUUGCCACUUGCACUAGUCGCAUUGGCUGGAAGCAUGAAGGGGGUGACUGACAUUCAUGAAUGGAGAGAUGCAUCAAAAGAACUAAAUAAAUCGUGUAUGGGGCAAGCAGACAUGGAACAUGGAGCUAUGCCAAUACUCUUGUACAGUUUUAACCGUUUGAAGGAUCCAAAGCUAAAAAGCUGUUUCUUGUAUUUCUCCUUGUAUCCUGAAGACUAUGAUAUUCCAAGAGACGAAUUGAUUGCAAAUUUCAUUUCAGAAGAGCUCAUAGAUAGAAGAUUGAGUAGGCGAUCAGAGUUUGACCAAGGCCAUGCAAUACUAAAUGAACUAGAGAAAGCCUGCUUAGUGGAAAUCUGGACAGAUAGAGAGAUAGUGAAGAUGCAUGAUUUGAUCAGAGAAUUGGCAAUAACGAUCACUGAACAUAACCCUAGAUACAUGGUAAAAUCUGGACUUGAGUUGACGGAAAUACCAAAGGUACAGAACUGGACAGAAGAUUUGGAAAAGGUUUCCUUAAUGGAUAACAAUAUAGAUGGCAUUUCCCCUGGAAUAUCACCUAAGUGUCCUAGACUUUCAUCAUUGAUUUUGAGGAAAAAUCCUCUCAAGUUUAUCCAAGAACGUUUCUUUGAGCAUAUGCCUGGUCUCUGUGUUCUCAAUUUAAGCGAGACUUCAAUUGAACAGUUGCCACAUUCCAUAUCAGACUUGGAAAAACUUAAAGCAUUAUUACUCGGAGACUGUGUAAAUCUUGUUUAUGUGCCACCUUUGGGAAAGCUCAGGGCACUGAGACAGCUGGACCUAACAAGUACUAGCAUUGAGGAAGUGCCUCAAGGUAUGGAAAGCUUGACCAACCUCGAACUCCUAUACAUGGAUUGUUGCAACUUAGAGGAUAUGCCGGCCGGGAUUUUGCUUAGACUCGCACAUCUUCAAGAGCUCACAUUGCCGUGUCAUGUAGUACCCCCAACUGAUGUUGAAGGAUUGAAACAGUUGGAACUAUUUGAUGGCAGAUUGAAUAGUGUAUCUGAUCUUAAUCGAUUAAUCAAGUCUCAACAAAGUGAAUGGCGACUCAAUUCCUACCACAUUAUUAUAAACGAGCCUGGAGAAGUUUUUGGAUAUGACGAAUAUUAUCCACCUUGUAAAGUGAUACAUUUUGGAGAGGACAGUCUCACUGGAUCCUCGUUAGGCGUAGAUGAAAAUUUACUGCCACAAGAUAUUGAGGAACUACUCUUUGAAGGAUCUGGCUUGAAUUGUUGCUUAUUAGAUUAUUUCCCAAUGUUGUAUAAUGCUAAAGACCUAAAAAAAUGCUACAUAGCAGUUGAGGAUUAUAUAGAGUGCAUUAUGAGGUUAUCAUCUGCGGAGGAAGAAGAACAGUCUCGUGGGGUACCAUUCCAAAGCCUUGAAGAUUUAUCUCUUAAUGGUUUGCCAAAUUUCAUGGGUCUCCUCAAGUGGGAAGGAGGAGCAGAAGUUGCACCAAUUCCACCUGGCACUUUUUCCCAGCUUAAAACGUUAUAUAUUUAUGAUUGUAGAAAAAUGAAGAAGCUUCUCCAGUGGAGUUUGGUACAGAACCUCCAUAAUCUCCAAAAGUUGGAUGUUUAUAAUUGUGAUGAGAUGGUAGAGAUAAUAGGAGAUGAUGAUGAUGAUCACUAUGGGAGAGACCCUACUGUAAACAGUAGCGCUAAUGUUACCCUGCCAAAGUUAAAAGAUUUAUCGCUUUAUAAACUGUCAAAGUUAAAGAGCAUCUGCAAGGGGAAUAUGAAUUGUGAUUCCAUCGAGUCUAUUUCGAUACAUGAAUGUACAGAACUCAAGAAGGUCCCUUUGCACCUGCAGAUCCUCCUCGAUGGACAACCAUCUGCUCCCGCAUUUCUCAAAGAUAUAAAGGGAAUAUUGGUGAUAUAUAACUUUCUCAGGUUUUUACAUGGAUAUGUACCUGAUUGGUUGAUUGAAGUAGGCCUAUCCUGA